UUCCUUUUCGGGCCGCCCGAGUUCUCCUACAAGCGCUCCAACUGCAAGCCCAUCCCCGCCUCCUUGCUGCUGUGCCGCGGGAUCGAGUACCCCAACAUGCGGCUGCCCAACCUGCUGGGCCACGAGACCCUGCAGGAGGUGCUGGAGCAGGCGGGCGCCUGGAUCCCGCUGGUGCAGAAGCAGUGCCACCCGGACACGCGCAAGUUCCUCUGCUCGCUCUUCGCGCCCGUCUGCAUCGACGACCUGGACGAGACCAUCCAGCCCUGCCACUCGCUUUGCCAGCAGGUGAAAGAGAGCUGCGCCCCGGUGAUGUCCGCCUUCGGCUUCCCGUGGCCGGACAUGCUCGACUGCAGCCGCUUCCCCCAGGACAACGACCUGUGCAUCCCCCCGGCUAGCAGCGACCACACCCUCCCCACGCCCAGAGAAGCACCAAAAGUCUGUGAGGCCUGCAAAAGCAAGAACGAGGAUGACAACGAAAUUGUGGAAAACCUUUGCAAAAAUGACUUUGCCCUGAAGAUAAAAGUGAAGGAGAUCGCCUACAUCAAUGGGGACACCAAGAUCACUCCGGAAACAAAGAGCAAAACCAUCUACAAGCUGAAUGGGGUGACAGAAAGGGAUCUGAAGAAGACGGUGCUUUGGCUCAAAGGUGGCCUGCAGUGUACCUGCGACGAGAUGAAUGAUAUUAAUGCGCCCUAUUUAGUGAUGGGACAGAGGCUGGCUGGGGAGCUGGUGAUCACCUCCGUUAAGCGAUGGCAGAAAGGUCAGCGGGCAUUCAAGAGGUUCUCACGCAGCAUCCGCAAGCUGCAGUGCUAGUUGCUUGUCACUUUCAGUCAUGUCUAGUCGCCAGCAGCCUCUUCCAAAUCGCUUCCACCUUCCUGCUUCAUCUUCAAAAGCACAGCAGGUGUGGGAGAGGAAGUGCCAUUUUAAUGUUUUUGUUUUGUUUUUUAAAAGGGGGAGAGGGAAAAGAGAGAGCCCCUCCCAAUUCUGUACAUAUAGUAAAACUAUCAUUACAAGAAUCAUGAAUAUUUUUUCCUGAUUGUAUCAAAGUAUCUUGCUUAGAGCUAGUUAUCUGCAUUGGUGCAAAAUGUGACUUUUAUCGUUUUAAGCUUUCAUUUUGGUUUUCCAUUUCAAACUGUCAUGUAAUAACUUCUGUAGAGCAAGCAUUUCUGUAUAUGGUGUAUUACCCACCACAUUGUUAAGCGUCAGGCUCAGUUUGUCCAGUUCAGUAUUGACCUUGGUAAAAAAGCUAUCACAAGAUUAUGUUGCCCUCUGAUUUUGGUGAUUCUCUGAUGUGUCUUCAGGAGAUAGUAAAUCUCAGCUAUUGCUCCCUGGGUGUAAUUCAAAAGAAAAGGUUGCUAUCUGA